AUGAGGCAUUUUAUUGUGUUUUGAACGGCGUCCGUCGAUGGUGCUACCCAAGCGGUUUCAAGUUUUAGUUCUCAAUUAUGUGUAUUUAAAUUGAGAGUCUUACGACACCCGAACGAGCCAAGCGAGAGAAAAAAUUGAUGGAGGAAUUAAGAGGGUGCCGUCGUACGUGAUUAGCAUAAUGGUCAUGUGUGUGUGCCCAGUGCUGUUUGGGUCCCGACUAUUUUUGGAAUAACUAUCGCAUUUCGGUGACAUAAUGGAGUGACUCCGAGAAUUUCAAUAAUUUGUAAUUAGUGCCGAGUGGACAAUCGAUUUUUGAUUGCGUGAAUUAAUUAGCGUGUUCCGAUGGUGACCUACGGCCAGCGUAAAAUGAUGCCCAUGGCCCCCGGUUCUGCGAUCACAAUACCGCCCCCCUCAUCAACCAAGCCCAAAAUCGGGUUUAGUAUUGACUCGAUAGUUGGAGGUGCCACGCUUCAGAGCCACGUGCUAGAUUCGAGCCUUUCGCCGCGCAGUGAAAGUUCGGAGAGACCCUCUAGUCCACUCAGUGAUUGUAGUUAUCCCCUGGAACUAAGGCAUUCGAAUGAUCUGAACCGAAAUUUCCGAUUUCAAAAUGAUCGCUUCCAACACGAUAGUUUUCAUAGAAACUUUGACCUUAAACUACGCGAAAAUCUGUCUAACCUCGGGGAAGAGGCUCAAAGAAACAGUAGUCCUCCGCCGCCGCAUCAUUCACGCCUUUCGCCUGCAACCGAUCCUGAUGGGCGAUCACAUCCGCGGUCACCUUCGCCUCAUCCGUCCCAACAGUCUAGUAAAGGUCCUAUUUUAGUUCCUGGAAUCCCGGCAGGACUCAUCCGCCCAUUCCCAGUGCAACCUCAAAAUAUCGCAGAAGUGAAGACAGUACCGCCGUAUCUGAAUCCUUCGGAUAUUGGGAACACACCGAAUCCACACUUCUUGGCGGCGCAUUUUCAAAUGGCCGCCGCUUUGGCACACGGACAAUCUGGUCAAGGAUUUCCUCCGAAUGCAGGACUACAGGCAGUGGCACACCAUCAACAAUUCCCAGGUGGUCCGAAUAUGAUUCGUGAUAGUUAUCCGUUGUAUCCGUGGCUGCUAAGCAGACAUGGAAGGAUAUUCCCGCAUAGAUUUCCUGGAAAUUUUUUAUUGCAACCGUUUCGUAAACCAAAACGAGUUAGAACAGCUUUCUCGCCGUCGCAACUACUAAAAUUAGAACAUGCCUUCGAAAGUAAUCACUAUGUGGUUGGUGCAGAGCGGAAAACGUUGGCGCAGGUGCUGAGUUUAACAGAAACACAGGUUAAAGUUUGGUUUCAAAAUCGACGCACGAAACACAAACGGAUGCAACAGGAGGAGAACUCAAAGGGUGGAAACAGCAACAAUAGCACAGACGGUAACAAUAUGGGAGAGAACAAUGCGAGCAGCCCAACAAGCUACGUUGAUGAAAACGAGGACGAACUGAUCGAUAUGGAUGAUUGCUCGAGUGAUCAGGAAGAGAGUGAUUUAGUCCCGUGAUAAAUAAGAUUCAUUCAAUGCAGGAAGUCAUUAUUAUUUUGAUGAAAAAGUUCCAUUUUGGGGGUAGAGUGAUUUUUCGAUUUUCUGGGAUAAUGCAUUUAGUUGGGAGAGUAGAGGUUUGCUUUUGAAAUAUUCAGUUUUGGAAGUCGAAAUUAUGGCUGUGGGUAAAUUAUCAGUUUUAAUCCUUUUUCAAAUGCAAAGUAAUUUAUGUCACAUUUUACAGUGAAUAGGUCUUAGUUUUCACUGGAAAUUUUCAGUAGUGAUCCGAACAAGGUUUCCAUUACAUAUAAUGCGAAUUACUAAUUUGAUAUUUUACAUCGCAUCUUUCCAGAAUAUCACAAUAGGUUGAAAAUUUCUUCCUAAAUGUAUUAGAUUUCUUGCCGAACUUCUGUAAAUCGACAGGACCUACACGGAGUCACCCUAAUAAUUCCAUUUUAAUUUAUUUUUUUCAUGAUGUAAAUAUAUUCUCAUAAUUAUCUGAUUAACUUUUAAAUAAAGAAUUGUUAAUAAUGUCCAAUAGGUUCUAAAUUAGAGUGAUGCCAAAUAGAUAUAUAUGUAUAAAUCUAGACUGUCCGUAUGAUUAGUAUAGCAUAAAUAGUAGCUUAUUUUUAGGUGUGCCAAACGGAUUUAAUAAUAUUCAUUCAAAUCCAUUUUGAGAAUCAAUUUAAAAAUGGAGUUUUUAGUUGCAAUUGUUCAAACAAAACAGAACACUAGGUGCCAAAAUUGAACCACAUAAUUAAAUGUAAAUAGAUAGAUAGAUAGAGAGUCUCUUUGUAGCCACAGAAAAUAAUAAUGCAAGAAAAAGUACCACAACUAAUUCAUCACAAAUCCAAUAAAACAUCGAUUACAUUUUAAAAAUAUCCAAUUAAAAUUGUUUCUUUCAAAUACAUUUUGAGUGAAAGAUACAAAU